AAUACAGAAACCUGAUGUAUCUCCUCUUUUCUUUGUCCUGCAGGUUGCAUUGGGAAAGAUGUGUUUUUAAACCAAAGCUGCUGGGAGAUCAGGAGGUGACAUGCCUCUGUGAAAGACCACUGGAAACAAAUGCUCUGCUGCCAUGCCUCCGGGGAUGGUACGUCGUCUUACAGUGUUGGCAGUCCACGCACUGCUGCUAGCCAUCGGCUGGCCAACAACUUCAUUACCCAAUGGUGUGGCCCAAGCGUCAGACUUCUCCCACUCUGAUCUUUAUCCCACCUUUAUCCGGAAUGACACUCUGUUUGAACACCUGGCCCUGCACCCUGACCCCAGCGUGGGUCGGGUCUACGUUGGAGCCCGAGAUCACCUGUUCCAGUUGGAUCGGUUCCUCCAACCUGAACUCCAGGAUGACACCGGACCGGUCACAGACAGCCGGGAGUGUUUGCCUCCUGUAACCGAGACCAACUGCCCCCAGGCCAGAGAAACCAGCAACCACAACAAGCUCCUGCUGGUUGAUCCGUACUCGAUGGAACUUAUUACCUGUGGGAGCGUCAACCAGGGAAUCUGCCAGAAACGUAGUCUGGACUCAGUGGAUAUAGUACUGUUCUCCACUGAGAGGCCGGUGGACACUCAGUACGUAGCAGCUAACCACCCCAACGUUAGCACUGUUGGGCUUGUGGUUCGCUCUCAUCCCGACAGGCAGCCGGUGCUGUUUGUGGGUCGGGGUUACACCAGCAGCCAUCCGCCUAUUUCCACACGAAACCUUGCACAGGAACCCGUCUUUUCCUACGAGGAGACGGCCAAGUUGGCCGUGGCUGGCCGCCUCUCUGAGUACGACCAUCAUUUUGUGGCCUCGUUUGCUCACCGUCAGCACGUUUACUUCCUCUUCUACAGGCGAGACCUGAAGUCGCAGUCGCGCGAGUAUCGUACCUACGUAUCUCGUGUGUGUUUGGAUGACCAGGCCUAUUACUCGUACGUGGAAGUACCCCUGACAUGUCGCUCCAGGGCGGGUAAAAUUUACAACCUUCUGCAAGCUGUCCAACUCGGGCUGUCCAAGGACGGUGGAGAGAGCCAAGGUUCAGAGAGUCUACUUGGUGUCUUCUCUACUCGUUUGGCUUCAUCAACUCGGCCCAGCGAAGACUCGGCUCUUUGCAUGUUUAGCCUUGAAGAUGUGGACCGACGGAUCAACUCCACCAGGGACCUGUGCUACACACAGAUGGGCAAAGAAGCUGGUCUGGAGGCGGCCUACAUCGAGUACGAGGUCAAGUCCAACUGUGCCAACCUGCCAGAGAACACCCUGGACGCCUACCCUUGCGGCUCCGACCACACCCCCAGCCCGAUGGCCAGUCGGAUCGCCGUGGAGGUUGAGACUAUCCUGGACAGCCCGUCCGCCCGUCUCACCGCCGUGGCCGUCAGCGUGAGGGCGGGACAUACCAUCGCCUUCCUGGGAGACUCCAAAGGGAACCUGCACAAGGUGUUCUUGGGACCAAACGGCGAGGUGGAGGAGUACUCUGUGAUCCCUGUCCAGCCCAACACCGCCAUCAGCUCAGACCUCAUCCUGGACCAGAAAGAGGAGCAUCUCUUCAUCAUGACCCACAACAUGCUGCAGAAGAGGCCGGUGGCCGAAUGCCAGCAGCACACCGACUGUCAGUCCUGCCUGCUGGCCCACGACCCGUACUGUGGCUGGUGUGUCCUGGAGGGAAGGUGUGUGCUGAAGUCCCAGUGCAGCCGUGGGAACCAGGCCGGUCAGUGGCUGUGGAGCUUUGACAUGGAGCAGCAGUGUCUGACCGUCCAGGACCUGAACCCGUCCAACGUCAGCAGGGAGGAGAGCAGGACGGUGUCUCUGUCCAUCCCAGGGCUGCCGGUGUUAGAAAAAGGUGAGUCCUACUCCUGCUUCUUCGAGGACAGCCACAGUCCCGCCACAGUCACCGACACCGGAGUCACCUGCCAUUCCCCCGACACCAGCAGAGUUCCCACGGUGCCUCCAGGACAGGAUUUUGUCACCGUCACCUUGUCUCUUCGUUUCGGCGACGUCACGGUCACGGGGAGGGGUUUCACCUUCUACGACUGCACGGCUGUUAAGCAGCUGUCUGGCAGCACGCCUUGCCGUGGUUGCGUUUUGAGCCGAUGGGGCUGCAACUGGUGCGUUCACCAGCACUCGUGCACCCACAAGCCCACCUGUGAGGAAGGCGUGGUCAUCUACAACCAACACUUUAAACUCCCCACCUCACCUCCUCCCACAACCAAAACUCUAAAAGUCGUCACGACAGCCGCCACCACCACGGUUGCCCGGACAACCACCACCACGGCAACCACCACGGCUCCUCCCACAACAACAACAACAACCACCACAACUAUUGCAACUACAACUACGACUGCAGCCCCUGUCACUGUAGCAACCACCCAGGAGCCCACCACCCGUCCAGCACCCACCACCCCACCCGUGACCACCACCAGCCCCGAGCCAACCACCCCGCCCACCACCCUGCCGCCUCGGCCCGCCAGCACCCUGCCACCCAGCACAGCAGCACCCACCACGCCUCCACCCCCGGAGGUCGUCACCAGGAAGCAGGAGGAGGCGGAAACAGACGAACUCGUCGUCGUCACCCAGAGUCACUCCGGAGAUGCUGCAGUGACGACCAGCAUCGCCGUGGCGGCGGCGGAGCUGAUGCCCGUCACCGUGGCGGACGGUCUGAGUGGAGAUCUGGACCCCGUGGUGCCGCUGAUGAUCCCAGACUCCUUCCCUCCAGAGGUGUUGACAGAGGCAACACCCAACGGCUCCCAGGAAGCCGAGGGAGCCGUGAGUCUGGCCGAGCCCCCCAGCCUCGGCUCGUCCGGCUUCCCUCUGCCCACACCUUUCCCUGUGGGCGAAGCGGCCGACUCCGAGCCCUCCCUUCCCCUGGACGUGUCCCCGACGCUGCUCCCCGCUCAGGACCCCCAGACCGAGGCAGGAAGCCCGGACGCCGACCCCGAGGUCCUCCUCUGGCCCAAAGAAGUGGAUGUCCACACCGAGGGUGGCGUCCAGUCAGAAAAUGACACGGCUACGUUUUCAGCCGCCACCGUGCUCUCAGGUGACGGGGAGGUCGACCACCCUCCCCCGUCCUACCCACACCUGCUGGAUACUGACUCAGAGCUGGACUACCAGUAUGAUCCGGCUGAUGCCUUCCUCCCGGGGGACGAGGGCUCCUACGUCAGCUGGGGCUCCUCAGCGUGUCCCUGUGUGGAGAAGGUCCAGGGUUCAUCACUGCUGCCCGUCAGGGUGGAGAGGAAGAUCACUCUGCUGGCUCGCAACCUGCACUUAUAUCAGGAUGCAGAACUGGACUACGAGUGUGUGCUGGUGAUCGAGGGCCAGACGGUGGUGGUGGACGCCUACGUGGAGACUGAUGACAUCAAUCCAUCCAACUUUGACAUCACAUGUCAGCUACACCAGUACUCGUACUCAGCUCUGGUGGAGGAAUACAGCGCCAUGGUUUACGUGAAGAGGAGGGACACCUUCCAUGUGGACAGUUCUCCUGAUCUCUCCGUGACUCUGUACAACUGCUCCGUGGGACGGUCCGACUGCAGCCGCUGCCACACGGCCGACCAGAAGUACGGCUGUGUUUGGUGCGGCGGGCCUCGGGCCAGCUGCUUGUACUCAGACUCCUGCAGUGAACCCGUGCAGCAGACGUGUCCGGCUCCCGUCAUACACUCUAUUGAGCCGCUCUCCGGCCUGUUGGAAGGAGGCACCACGGUGACCAUCUCAGGCUCCAACCUGGGCCAGAAGGCCGAGGACAUCCUCCACUCUGUGUCGGUAGCCGGGGUUCCCUGCACCGUCAUCCCCAGCCUGUACGAGGUCUCCUCCAGGAUUGUGUGCAGGACCAAAGCCAGCGGGGGAGAGAAGGUGGGCCGCGUAUCGGUGAAGGUCAGCGGAGGAGAGUUUGGUCUGUCCAGUCAGACGUUCAGCUACCAGGACCCAUUUGUGAUGGGGGUGUCACCUGAAAGAGGCCCCAAGGCUGGAGGAACGACUCUGACCAUCACCGGCCGAAACCUGCUGACGGGCCGCCCGUUGGACCUCACUGUGACCGUAGGAGGAGUUCCCUGCAGCAUGGUAUCAGAGGUGCAGAACUCCAGCGUCCAGUGUGUGACGGGCAGCAGUAAUAAGACAGGAGAUCAUCGAGUCACGCUGCACUACGGCAGCAGCCAGCGCCACCUCCACGCUGCAGGAUACCGCUACACCCACAACCCCAACAUCACCCACGCCUCACCGGCCAAGAGCUUCCUGGAUGGCGGUCGAUUGAUCUCUGUGAAGGGCCACAACCUGGACGUGGUGCAGGAGCCUCGCAUGGUGGUGACCGUCUCUCCCUUCGAGUCCAUCGCCCAGAACAAGAGGAAGAAGCGAAAGAGGAGGAAGAGGAGGAGCGUAGAGGAGAGGAAGGACACGGAGAAGACCCUGGCAAUGAUGGUUUCUGAGCAGGUCUGUCCUGGAAACCCUCUCUGCUCUGUCAAACAGUUCACAGAGCGCUGCGAAGUGAACUCCUCCUCCUUGAUUCUGUGCCGCUCUCCGAUGGUGGACUCCUCCGUCUGGGGCUCGAGGGUCACCGUUGAGUUCCUUCUGGACAACCUGCGCUUCGAUUUCAGCCGUCUGACCUCCCAGCACUUCAUCUAUGAGCCCAACCCCAUCCUGCGGCCCCUGAACCAGCAGGACCCUCUGAAGGCCUACCGCUACAACCCCGGCAGCUUCAUCCAGCUGGAGGGGGAGAACCUGGACCUGGCCAUCACUAAGGAUGAGGUGGUGGUGCUGGUCGGGGAGGGCGUGUGUGCUGUGAAGACCCUGACCAGAAACCAUCUGUACUGUGAGCCGCCACCUCAGCAGCCGGCACCGGGACCCAACGGCAAGAAACGCGAAGGCUCCGACAACCUGCCCGAGUUCACCGUCCAAAUGGGCAGCCUGAACUUCUCUCUCGGAAAGGUUCAGUACGACAACCUCAGCCUGUCCACCUUCCCGCUGGAGGCUCAGAUCGGAGUUGGAGUUGGCGCCUCCAUUGUGGCCCUCAUCGUCCUGAUCAUCGUGCUCAUCUACAGGAGAAAGAGCAAGCAGGCUCUCCGGGACUACAAGAAGGUCCAGAUCCAGCUGGAGAACCUGGAGACCAGCGUGAGAGACCGAUGCAAGAAGGAGUUUACAGACCUGAUGACCGAGAUGAUGGACAUGUCCAGCGACCUGGUGGGCUCGGGCAUCCCCUUCCUCGACUACCGCAUGUACGCCGAGCGCAUUUUCUUCCCCGGCCACCGUGAGUCUCCACUGAGGCGAGACCUGGACGUCCAGGAGUGUCGGCGGCAGACGGUGGAGCAGGGCCUGGUGCAGCUGUCCAACCUGCUCAACAGCAAACUCUUCCUCACUAAGUUCAUUCACACUCUGGAGAGCCAGCGGACCUUCUCUCCCAGAGACCGAGCCUACGUGGCCUCGCUGCUGACGGUGGCGCUCCACGGAAAGCUGGAGUAUUUCACCGACAUCCUCAAGACUCUUUUGAACGACCUGGUGGAGCAGUACGUGGCCAAGAACCCCAAACUGAUGCUGCGAAGAACGGAGACGGUGGUGGAGAAGCUGCUGACCAACUGGAUGUCCAUCUGCCUCUAUGCGUUCCUCAGGGACUCGGCGGGGGAGUCUCUGUACAUGCUGUUCAGGGCAAUAAAGCACCAGGUAGAUAAAGGACCUGUGGACGCUGUGACCGGGAAGGCCAAGUACACCCUCAAUGACAACCGCCUGCUGCGUGAGGACGUCGAGUACAAGACUCUGACGCUGAACGUCCUGGUGCAGGGCGGAGGAGUGAACGAGACCCAGCCGCUGCCCUCCAAAGUGCUCGACUGCGACACCAUCACACAGGUGAAAGAGAAGCUGCUGGAUCAGGUGUACAAGGGCACCUCCUUCUCCCACCGGCCCCACGCCGACUCCCUGGACCUGGAGUGGAGGUCUGGUGUUGCCGGUCAUCUCAUCCUAUCAGACGAGGACUUGACCUCUGUGGUUCAGGGCAACUGGAAACGGCUCAACACGCUGCAGCAUUACAAGGUCCCAGACGGUGCGACAGUCGCGCUGGUCCCCCGUCACACUAAACACAUUCACCAUGACAACCACGACUACGUGGCCGGAGAGAAGACUCCGAUGCUGGAGGAUGCGGAUGAAGGCGGCGUGAGACUGUGGCAUCUGGUGAAGGCCAGCGAGGAGCCCGAGCUGCCCAAACACCGCCGAGGCAGCCUGAGAGAGCGAGAACGGGCCAAGGCCAUCCCCGAGAUCUACCUGACCCGCCUGCUGUCCAUGAAGGGGACGCUGCAGAAGUUUGUAGACGAUCUGUUCACGGUGAUCCUCAGCACCAGUCGUCCCGUCCCGCUCGCUGUCAAAUACUUCUUCGACCUGCUGGACGACCAGGCAGGACAACACGGCAUCUCUGACCCAGAAACUAUCCACAUUUGGAAGACCAACAGCCUCCCGCUGCGAUUCUGGAUCAACAUUGUGAAGAAUCCUCAGUUCAUCUUUGACGUGCAGGCGUCGGACCACGUGGACGCCGUGCUCUCCGUCAUCGCUCAGACCUUCAUGGACUCCUGCACCAUCGCAGAGCACAAGCUGGGGCGGGAUUCUCCCAUCAACAAGCUGCUGUACGCCAGAGACAUCCCCCGCUACAAACAGAUGGUGGAAAGGUACUAUGCUGACAUCAGACAGACCAUCUCAGCCAGCGACCAGGAGAUGAACUCUGCUCUGGCUGAGCUGUCCAGGAACUACUCCGGAGAGCUCAACUACCUGGUCGCACUGCACGAGCUCUACAAGUACAUCAACAAAUACUACGACCAGAUCAUCACGGCGCUGGAGGAGGACACCACGGCGCAGAAGAUGCAGCUGGGCUACAGGCUGCAGCAGAUCGCCGCCGCCGUGGAGAAUAAAGUCACCGACUUGUGACAGAGGAGACGACGACCAGUGUUACUGCAGAGGGUGGGAGAUGAAUGAAGAGACAGGCGCCCUGGUGGUUGAACUGGACCGACUCACGGGGAAACAGACUCUUCUUUUUGAGGAGGAAGGGUGGAAGUUAGGAUUUAUUUUUUUCUUUUAAAGCGAAGGAUCAGAAGAUUCAGGUUGGUGUUAAACGUUCACAUCCCGGCACCUUGUUGUUUCUGAUCUUCGCCAAGGAGGCUGGAUGCCGAGGCCUCGAGCUCACUGUAGAAUAAUCAGGACGGCACACGGACGCCGGACAAGCAGAGAGUGUAAAAGACGCCCGUCAGGUUUGCUGACAGCUGGAGUGAAGUGAGCUGAUCCACGUCCAGCUGAUCUGAUCUGAGGACUGAUUAAAUGGGCAUCUUGUGUCGCUGUU